AUGGCGACCGCAAUUUCGAAGCCGACCUCGCAUACCCCUAAGAUGAAGCGACCGCCCCCGCCUUUCGUCCAGACCGGAGUGAACGGAGUCAAGUCUCAACAAUCCUCCUCUUCUUCUCCUCCCUCCUCCGCGAAACGUCUGCCCGGUUCGAACCAACCGGCUUCAGCAAGCUCCGCCGGCGGCCCGACGUCAAAUGGCGUCAAUGGCGCGGCUAAUGCGGCUGCCGGCUCGAACAAGGCUACUCAGAAUCGACCUAAGAAGGAAGCGCAAAAGCCCGGUGACCAGGCUGCGCGGUUACAAAAACCAUUGUUAAGGUCCUUAUCCAUUGACAAUGAUCGUCGCGCAGGGAAUAGGUGUCCCGAGCCAUAUGUCAAAACGUCGUCUUACAUCCUCAAGAAGUUCUCCAAAUGCCCGCCCUCGCUUAUCCUCCACCUUCACCCAACACAUUUCCGCUUCGAGCAACAAGAUGGAAGCUUCCCUUAUAAUUCCGAGAUGAAGGUCAUCAUCGAACAUAUUCGUGCCGGAACCGUUCCCCAUGAUAUGAUGGAGGAGCUGUUGCGGGCUAAUGUCCGAUUCUAUGAAGGCACGCUUCCACAUGCCUCAACUUCACCUCUAUCUGGCUGCCUCAUCGUUCGCGUGGUCGAUCACAAGUCGGUGUCAGCCCAGGCCAGGAAGUCGACUGCGCCGACUUCCAACGAGAAUAACACCCCGUUCUCGAUUCAUAACUAUAACGAGCAUGUUACACCAUCGGCUUAUGUGCCCUACCCAAAGCAAUCCCAAUUAAACUCCGAUAAGCCGACCGCCAAGGAAACCCCAACCGGAAAUCAACCCGAUACGAAAACCAACGGCGAGCAGUCCGGCGACUCGGAGAAUCGUGCAGAGGAAGCUACAUCGAACUCCGCUCAACCCAAGCAGCCUCCAAAACCCCGAGUUUUCACUACCGUGCUCCACCCAACUCCACGUUCCUUGCAAGCGGAACUCACUUUACUUGCCACUACACCCGAUCCCAAAGCGGCGAAACAGUCGGCAUCAAAUGCUGCCUCGCGUCCUCAGCAGUCCUCGUCUACAGCUCCACCAUCUCCAGGAGGGUCAUCCAAUCAGACUGAGCGUGGACAUCCUGCAAAACGACAGAGAAUGUUGGUUGAACCUCAGGAGUUUCUGGAAUGUGAAGCGAGAUUGACAAGAGCACUGGCUCCACCUCUCUUCUUGGACCCUGUCAACAGUUUCGACGCUGUGCAAGAUCUGCUGAAGAUCAUGGAGAGCCCGCUCCACCGCGAUCCGCCACCCUCACCAAAGAGGAGGAAACGUACCGUGGCUGAACUCGCUGCUGACGAGGCGCUGGCUGCCGAGGAAGAGAGAUUCAUGCUCAUCAUGGAUGAGCGUCUGGAGCCUACCUCCUCCGGUGGUGCUGGAGGGCCGAAAUCCGCGGUCGUGGAUGAUACGGGUGGUGGUGCACCAUUUGAGCCUCGAUUCUCAAGGUUCAAGACGCUUGAGAAUAUCCGUAUGCAGCAUGAGGAGAAGGCCAAGCGCGAACAUGAAGUCAAGAUGAAACAGGAGUUGGCUAAACGACAACAGCAAGAGCAGGAGAGGGAGAAACGUCGCCUUCUGGAGCAGCGACAGAAUGAAGAGCACGCUAAGGAAGAGGCUCGUAGACAGCACUUUGCCGCGCAGGCUCAGGCGCAACUUGCGGCGCAGCAGCAACAACAACAACAACAGCAGCAGCAGAAUCGGCAUGUCAUGGCGCAAACUAACGGGGUUAGCCAAGCGCCGCAGUCUUCGCCGGUGGUCCGUAAUCAGACACCCCACAACACCUCUUCGCCUGUUGUUGGCAACACAAUGGCCGCACAAGCAAGUGUUCCUAUGAGCAUGACGCCUUCUAUGCAGGGAGCAGGCAGCCCCCCGAGGCCGCCAUCUGCAUUGCAGCACGCCCAUCCUACAGUUAUGAGCCAUCCGAUGGCACCUUCCAGAAGCCAACAGGGACAGAGCCGACAUGGGACACCACAGAUGACUCAAGGAACGCCAGCAAUGUCUCAUGCUACACCUAUCAUGCGCAAUGUAACACCAACACAGCGUAUGAGCCACGCCAGCCCGAGUCACACGACAAUGGCCCCAACACCGGUGAUGAACCAGGCUACCAUGAUGGGAACACCACAAAUGGGAGGCGGAAUGGGCCUUACAACUCAACAGCAACAGCAGAUGCUAUUGCAGCAGAGGCAACAACUUCUCGCCCAGCAAGGGCACAUGGUACAGAAUCAGUUCUCGCCCAAGCAAGUAGCUCAGAUGCAGGCCAACGCACAUGCGCAGCAGAAUAUUCAAGCCCAUCAGCAGCAGAUGCUACAAGCCCAGCAGCAGAAUUUCCAGGCACAGCCCAAGUUCCCGAAUCCACAAGCCUAUCAGGCUCAGUUGAUGCGUGCGCAGCUCGCGCAGAUGCACAUGGCUCAGCAGCAGCAACAGCAACAGCAACAGCAGCAGCAACCGCAACAGCAGCAAGGCCAGCAAUCACAGAAUCAACAGGGACAGGUACACCAAAACAGCCCACAUAUGAACCCUCAACAGCAGCAAAUGCUAAUGGCAGCGGCUCAGGCCAAUGGAGGUCAUCUGCCACAAAAUAUGCAAGGAGUAAAUUUGGCACAGAACGUCAUCACUCCACAGCGCUACCAGCAAUUAUUCACUCAGCGAUUAGUACGGCUUAGGCAAGAAAUGGCGGCUCGAUUGAUGCCACAGUACGGUUCACCGUCGCAGUUCCCACCACAUAUACAACGACAGUACACCACGGGACUGGAACAGAAUGCCAAAGCCUGGGUUCAUGACAUUGUUCGACGAGAGCGCGAGCUGAUUCAGCAACGUGCCAACCAGGUUGCUCAAGUUCAAGCUCAGGUGAUGCAGCAGCAACAUCAGCAGCAGCAACAGCAACAAAACAUGAUGCAGAACGCCCGGGGAAGUAGCUGAUUUGCUUUACCUUCUUUUUCCUUUCAUUCUAACUACAAUAUGCCGCAGGGCUAUUCUUUCAUCUUUACCCUUUUUCUUCAAACCUUACCGUUCUUAUACCUUCUAUCGGAUUUGGACAGCGCAUGGCGCUCC